CUUAUCGCACAAGCCUAAGCAGCUACGUACAGUAAGGUACUAUCCAUGAAGACCUGCCAGACUAAUGACUUUGUUUUUGCAGGAACACCUUUAAAAAGAUCUUCAAGGAAGCCAAGGCCAUGGAGUCGUCCACUCAAGGCAGGCUGGACCUCCUACGCAGCGUCACUGGGGUACCCACAAAAAAGGAGCUCAAAAAACUCUUGAAAACUAGUGGAGUUGGUGGCCGCAUUUCGGGUGAACCGAAACUACCCGUUGAACCUACUAAGGUGCCACCAAAUCUGCUGCAGAUCCGUUCAAUCAACAAUAAUGGUCAGGACAUUCAAUUGGACGACUACGGAGAAGUUAUCAUUGCUAACAUCUCAAGCGCUGAGAGCUUCGAGGAUCUAAUCACCAGUAUGGCCGAGACCGAAAAGACGCAGACCUUUGUGGAAGCACCGAAAACGAGUUUUGGCUGAAGUACCACCUACCCACGGAAUCGGUGCUCUAUCAGAUCAUUCGACAAACACUGAAACACCAUGCGAGCUUGGACCACAAAGAAGUCUCGGAGGCAUUGCCCGAUAUUCUGAGAAGCGUGCGCUGCUAUUUCGCCACCCGCAGUCCCCUUUGUCCUCCAGAGUUUCUGAAGAAGUGCCCCAAGUGCGUGGGUUACUACAAUGAGGGUACGCGGCAGGUGAAUGAAUCUGAUGUUUGAUCUGAUAUAUAAUAUGCCUUACACUUACAGAUAUGUAUGUUUGCCAUGCGAAGCAAUUGAAUAGGUUUAUAUGUCUUACGG